AUGUCUAUCCACCUGCUUAUUUCAGAACAGAAACCUACUCAAGCAGCGAAAUCCGUAGAAACUAGUGAACCUGUUUCAGCUGAUUUAACAAAAGCAUAUCUAAACAAUGAUUCUACGACUUCUACUUGUCCUUGCGAUUACACUCAGCUUAACAAUGUUGGCACUUACAUAUCCAGAAAGGGCUAUAUCUUCACCAAGGUGAAAUAUAGCGGCAAUUCAUGCUUCUUCUUUGGAUCAGAUGUCGUAAUUUGGGAGUCAGAUAUCCCUGAGCUAUAUGCCAAAAGGUCAAUGUCACUCCGAUCAACGAUAUCCAAAUACAUUAACGAUUCACCUUAA